AAUAUAUUUUUACAUAUAUACAUGUACAAUUUAUUUCCCAACUUCAUUUGAUCUAUUUGAGCAAAAUUAUUCAGGCUUUAUAUGUUUUUAAUAAUAUCAAUAGUUUUUUGACAGUGUAGGAUAAGCGUGGAAGAAAUUGAAUGUCUAACUGAGAUUGUUUCGAUUCUUUCUCAGUUUCUCGAAUAAUGCAGUUCUCUGAUGAGGAGGUUUGGUGUGAGUGCAGUGACGAUGAAACCUACAACCCAGCAAAGGGAAUGAAAGGCACAUGGCAGCCCAAGGCAGAAGAUAUACUGGCUGUUUUUGAACAGCUCAAGGAGAAAAAGGUGCUGGAGUUGAACUGGAAGUGCCCGGGGAGGCGACCGCCGGGCUCGGAAAAUGAGGAAAAAGAAGUUGUGAAAGAGGAAACAGUCACCACCCCUGUCAAAACUGAGGAGCAAAGACCAGCUAUUCCAAAUGAGUUCGACUUUGACGAUGAUGAUGGCCCAAAUAAGACGGUUAUCACUCCUAGAAGGACACCAGGUUCAGCACCAAGGUCACAGAAAAAGGUUGCGCGGAUGGACAAGGUUCUCAAGGACAUGAUGCAGCAGCGUAAGUUGCAGGCUGCUGAGCGUGAGGCCAGAAAGCAGGCCACAGCAGCUAAAUCCCCUCGCAACCCAAGCAGCCCGGGCCGUGCCAGAAUUGGCAGUCCUGCAGGAAGCCCCAGGACACCACCCGCUGCUGGUGGAGGGUCCAACCGACAAUCGCCCGUACGUUUCCAAGGCCCCACUGAUGGCUUACAAACCACUCCUCUGAGGCCCCCACAAGAGACCCAGACUACUGGUAUGCUGAAACCCUCACACAGUGUUAAUGAAACUUCAACUGCUAGUGUAGGCUCACCUGCAGUGAAGACAGAUAUGACCACUUCAGCAGUGCCAACUAAUCAGCCAACAUUUAAUAAUCAAACCACUUUGGUAUCCAGAACUCAAGGAACAGACACAGUUAACACUCAACAGUCAUUGUUUUCCCAGUCGCAACCACAGGAGGCAGUGGCAACUCCAGUCACAAAGGAGUCAGAAACUGUCGCUCCUGUUUCACAAAAUACCAGCACUGCCUCUCCUGUCACAGACACCAUUAAAACUGAAUCAGUAACAGAAGCUAUGGAUACUUCUUGAGCAAUGAUAUUGCAACCUGACCUAUAGUUUUAACUUAAUUUAAAAUGUAUAAAAAAAGAAAUACUUAAAAUUGUCUGUGGCUUUCCAUAAAGAUAAAGACAUUAAAUCUAAUGUGGCCAAAAGUUUCCUUUGGUAGAAACAUUCAUACAGUUCUGAAUGUGUGUAUGAGUUUCUUCAAAUAAAAUUACAGAUGUAGCAAAAUAUGUAAUGGUUUUAUUUUAUACCAACAACUUGUAUAUUUUUUCUAGAAACAAGUAAUUUACCAAACACUCUAAAUAUCACAUUACCACAUAUAGUGGCAGACUUGCUAGGUACCUGUGUUUUAAAAGGGACUAAAUACAGUCUUGGAACUGAUUUCCUUCUUUGAUAUGAAAAUCAAGAUUAUGUGACUAUAACAAAAAAAGGUUGUGAAUGUCUUGUGGACUGCCAAAAAAUGUUUUACCACAUUGUGUUCAUCAAUCUAGGUAGUAUUGUAAUCAUUACUGCAAUAAAUACUAUGUAAAAGUUUGAAGUUGA